AUGACUGUCAAACAGCCUAUGUCACUAAAGUGCCUUAGGAAGAAAAAGCGAAACGCAGAGCCAGACUCGCAUAGCUCCCUUCCCGCACCAACGAGGGUCGGCACCUUGCAUGCGGCUACCCGAGAAGACUUCUGCCCUGGUAUCAUGUUAAAGGAGAACUUGAAGCUCUCAUCUCCAGAGGACGACAUUCCCGUUCCAUCUGCACCGAAAAUGUCACCGAUCGAACUCCCCAAGGUGCCUGAUUGUACCUAUUUCCUACCAGGUGGAGUUACUCCCUGGACGAGCUAUGACCAUUGGUAUUAUUCUAUCGGCGGAGAGAUCUGGAAAUGA